AUAUUUAUAUGAUGUACUGGUAGUAUCAUUCUUCCUAAUUAUAGUAGUCUUCUUUCUAUUCACAUUCUCUCUCUCUAUUCAAUAAUAGUACUAUCUUGAUUUUGUUCCAAUUGUUCACAAGAACUUGCAUCUGCAAAAUCACAUCUUUUAUGGAAAUCUUGAAGACUCUUUCUUGAUAACCAUCACUCCAUAGCUCCACCAUUGAUGAAAGGAGUUCUAGCAUGUAAUAAGGAGUGCUAGAAGAUGGAAAGAGCGAGAUUGGAUUUAAGAGUUCACCCUUCUGGAUCUACACCAUCAGAGGAAUCAGCUUUGGAUUUAGAAAGAAACUACUGUAAUCAUCAAUAUAUUCCUUCCAGAAGCUCUUCACCAUUGCAAGCUUUUGCAACAGGUGGUCAGCUUUCUGAGACUAGUGCUGCCUACUUUUCGUGGCCAACUUCCAGCCGAUUAAAUGAUGCAGCUGAGGAUAGGGCAAAUUACUUUGGAAACUUACAAAAGGGGGUCUUGCCUGAGACUCUUGGGAGAUUGCCAACAGGACAGCAAGCUACCACCUUGCUCGAAGUAAUGACAAUCAGGGCCUUCCAUAGCAAAAUCUUGCGUCAUUUUAGUCUUGGCACAGCAAUUGGUUUUCGCAUUCGGCAGGGUUUCUUGACAGAUAUACCAGCCAUUCUUGUCUUUGUGGCCAGGAAAGUUCAUAAGAAGUGGCUUAACCACAUCCAGUGUUUACCAACUGCUCUUGAGGGACCUGGAGGUGUGUGGUGUGAUGUAGAUGUUGUUGAGUUCUCUUACUUCGGUGCACCUGCUGCAACUCCCAAAGAGCAGUUGUAUACAGAGCUCGUAGAUGGCUUGCGCGGAAGUGAUCCAUACAUUGGCUCUGGUUCCCAGGUUGCUAGCCAAGAGACAUAUGGAACCUUGGGCGCUAUUGUGAAAAGCCGAACAGGAAAUCGCCAGGUUGGUUUCCUCACUAAUCGACAUGUUGCAGUAGACUUGGAUUACCCAAACCAAAAGAUGUUUCAUCCUUUGCCCCCAAGCCUUGGACCUGGGGUGUAUCUUGGUGCAGUGGAGAGGGCAACAUCUUUCAUAACAGAUGAUCUAUGGUAUGGAAUAUUUGCUGGAACAAACCCAGAAACUUUUGUUCGAGCAGAUGGAGCAUUCAUUCCAUUUACAGAAGAAUUUAGCAUCUCCAAUGUAUCUACAUCGGUGAGGGGUGUAGGCGAGAUUGGAGAUGUCAAUACCAUAGACUUGCAGUCCUCAAUCAACAGUGUUAUUGGCAGACAAGUGGUCAAAGUCGGAAGAAGCUCUGGCUUGACUACUGGAACAAUAAUGGCAUAUGCUUUAGAGUACAAUGACGAGAAAGGAAUUUGUUUCUUUACUGAUUUUCUUGUCGUAGGUGAGAACCAACAAACUUUUGACCUUGAAGGUGACAGUGGAAGCCUGAUUCUUUUAACAAGUCAAAAUGGGGAGAAACCGCGCCCAGUUGGUAUCAUAUGGGGUGGAACAGCUAAUCGUGGGCGGUUAAAACUGAAAGUUGGCGAACCUCCAGAAAACUGGACCAGCGGAGUUGAUCUAGGGCGCCUUCUUGAUCUCCUGGAACUUGAUCUCAUCACAACUAACGAGGGUCUCCAAGAGGCAUUGUGGCAACAACGAAAUGUCUCAGCAGCAGGAAUUGGUUCAACUGUUGGAGAAUCAUCUCCACCCGAGUCAAAGCAAGUAAAACAAAAGAUGGAAGAGAGUUAUGAGCCUCUCGGCCUGAAGAUACAUAUUCCCAUGGAAGGUGAGUCCCAUCGGGAGAUCACCCCACCUCUACUACGCGAAGAGUUUCAUAUUGAAAGUGGGGGUGAAGCAGUUCCUAAUGUUGAACACCAGUUCAUUCCAAGUUUUACUGGGAAGUUUCUGCUGCAUCAAGACAAUAAACAGAAAAAUCCAGAAUUAGAAAACCUUGCUGAAUUGAGCAAUAGGUGCGAAGAGAUUUCUGUUUCUCUGAAUUUAGGUGAGCCAGAACCAAAGAGAAGAAAGCAUUGUGAUUCUUUGUUGGUCAAUACAGAUCUAAAUUAAGUAAAAAUAAAACUCUUGCAAUUCCGAGGUUUUGGCUUCAUGUUGAUCUAAAUAAAUUGAUUUCUUGUAAUUAUUAUGAGGUUUUGACAUCUGAAGAAAUCAUCAAGAGUUGAUUACUC